AUGACUCCUCUGCUACGCUCUUUCGGCUCACGCUCCUGGCGACCGCAAUCGCUAUCCUCGACAUGUGCGCCUCGUCUCGUCCGCCCUCGCUUUCUGGCCACGAAGUCUGCGACAGAUGAGACUAAGCCUUACUAUGUCACCACUCCCAUCUUCUACGUCAAUGCCGCCCCUCAUGCUGGUCAUCUUUACACAAUGGUCCUCGCCGAUGUUCUAAAGCGAUGGCAGGUGCUCAAAGGGAGGAAGGCAGUUCUUNUGACUGGCACCGACGAGCAUGGAAUGAAGAUUCAGCAAGCCUCAGCAAAAGCCGGAAGCGACCCAAAGCCUUUCUGCGACAAAGGCGCCGACAUCUUCAAGAAUCUGGCUGCGAGAGCCGAGCUCAGCAAUGACCACUUCAUCCGGACUACUGAUCCUGCCCACAAGGAGGCUGUCGAAUACGCCUGGCAUUUGUUGAACGAGAGAGGCUACAUCUAUCAAUCUAAGCACGAAGGCUGGUACUCGGUCAGCGAUGAGACCUUCUAUCCUGAAUCUCAAGUCCAUCUUGUACUGGAUCCUCCCACCGGAAGAAAAGUCAUGGCCUCGAUUGAAACUGGAAAAGAGGUCGAAUGGACAUCAGAGAUCAACUACCAUUUCCGACUCUCUGCUUUCCGCGACAAACUUCUAGCAUACUAUGAGGAAAACCCAGAAUGGAUCACUCCUCAGGCCAAGAUGAAGGAGAUUGUGUCUGCUGUUACUGCCGGUCUAGAAGACCUGUCUAUUUCACGUCCAUCAUCAAGAUUGACAUGGGGCAUCCGCGUGCCUACUGAUCCCACACAAACCAUUUACGUCUGGUUAGACGCCUUAAUCAACUACGCGACAGCUGCUGGAUACCCCUGGGCUCCUGGUUCGGAACACGUUGGCGGCUGGCCCGCUGACGUGCAAAUCAUUGGCAAGGACAUUCUCCGCUUCCAUUGCAUCUACUGGCCUGCCUUCCUCAUGGCUCUUGACCUUCCUUUACCAAAGCGCUUCCUAACACACGCUCACUGGACGCUCGGUAAGCAAAAGAUGGCCAAGAGCACUGGCAAUGUUGUGAACCCCUUCUUUGCGCUUGAUCGCUUUGGCACCGACACUAUGCGCUAUUACAUGAUUCACGACGGCGGCAUCGACAAUGACGCAGACUACGACAACAUUCACAUCAUCGAGCGUUACAAGAAAGGUCUUCAAGGAGGUCUUGGAAACCUGACGGCCAGAAUCACCCGCGGAAAAGGUUGGGAUGUUAGACGUGCAAUCGAAAGAUUUUCCGGUGAUUAUAAAUCUGCUUCGCCGUUCGGAAAGGGACAUGCUCGCGAAACCGCAAUCGUCGAGUUUGAACAGCUGCUUGUGGAACUUCCACAAGCUGUAAACAGUCGCAUGGAAGCUCUUCGACCAAACCUUGCUCUUAAGGGUCUGAUGGACAAUAUCUAUGCGGCAAAUGCUNUUUUGCAAUCACAAGCUCCGUGGGACAUUGCCGCAGGACUCAAGAAGGGAGAGUUGGUGCCCAACGUCUCAUCCAAAGAAGAUGCCGAACGCCAAAUGGACUACAUCAUCUUUUUGAGCACUGAGAUGUUGCGUCUUGCUGGAAUCAUACUUCAGCCAGUCAUGCCUGCAAAGGCCAAGCAAUUACUUGAUAUGCUUGGUGUCGCGGAUGACAGAAGAAGCUUUGCAGACGCUCAGCUGGGUGUGGACAAGGAUUACGGCGUGUCACGUUUACCACCCGGUAAAGGACAAGCAGGAGUUCUCNUUGCACCUCUGAUGAGCGAUUCUUAG